CAGUAUGACAUGCAGAUGAGUGCCGUCGAUCUUAGAAUCACCGCACACUUCACUCAUUUGGGCAGUCACGGGGCCAAAACCGAGUGUGGAGCCACAGUGUGGCGGUGGAGGCAGCAGCAAUGGGAGGCCAUACAGCACCCUAUGACAAAAUGGAACCCACCAGCAGUGUGAGGAGACCUGAAAGUGGCACAUGGCAGAGUGUGGCGAUGGAGGCAGAAGCAAUGGGAGGCCGUACAGGGACCCAUGACACACUCUGGACUUGGCAGCAGCAUGAGGAGGCGGUACAGGGGCCCAUGACAGAUUACGGGCCUGGCAGCAGCAUGAGGAGUCGAAUUAUUCUGAACCAUACACAGGCCUAGGUUUAAAAAGCGGAAGCCGCAGCAGCGUGAGCAGACGACAGUGGACACAU